AUGAUAAUUAUUAUCAUUGGUGUCGACGAUAUUGAAGAAGCCAUAUUUGUUGUAUCAUCAUACACCGAGUGUUUCAUUUCUUCUUUUCCAGAGUCCAAGUUGGCAGACAGCUUCGACCUCGCAUCCAAGCUGUCAGUACAACGAGCAACGUCGCCGUUGCUGCUCAUAUGGAAACUGAAGCGAUUACUGAACAUUGGUUCGGAGAAGAAGCUGAGUGGUGGACAAUGCGGCCAUGGAGAUGAUAGGACAGAGGAGGAGGGAGAUGGCAACGACGACGACAGUUUGAAGUUACAGUUAUCCAAUCUGAAAUUCUUUGAGGACCAAAAUGGGUAUAUACUCGGAAAUUUUACAAGGCAAGUUUUCAAGUUACUGAAUUUACCCGCCAUUCGAAUUCACAGAGGUUUUCUUCUUCACCUUCCUUCGUCUCUCGCCGUCGCCGCCACUCACCAUCUCCGUCUCGUGCGCUCACCGCCGUCGUCUCGUGAGCUCACAAUCGUCGUUUCGCGCGCUCACCGUCGCUGCUCCCAAUCGUCACAAGCCUCCUUGGCUCAUCAUCGUAGCUCACAUCGUCGUCUCGUCGCUAACCAUCUGUCGAAGAAGGUGCGUGUGGCUAUGAUGAUGAUGAUGAUGAUGAACAACAAUGGCCAAACGAGACAGAGAUGGUAGCUGAAGUGAGACAGAGAGUUUCUAACAUGGCAGGGGUUACGACAAUAGAAGUUCCAAUUAAUACACUGAAGUCUUCUACUGAAGAUCAAGAGAAUCAGGAUAAGUCUGCUGCACCGAGCUUACUUAGCAUUCAAGGAACUGCAUUGAUGUCUAUUGCUGUUGGUUUUGUUGUAGUAGCAAUGAUAUGAUGGACUUGAAGAUGAUCAUCAUCCAUUUGGUUGCUUCACUAGUGAAGAACUCUUCUUUUCUUGAUUCUUUUAAAUUUUGCUUAGUUUUCUCUUUCUCACUUUCUGAAAUGUCAAGAGUAUGCAUUGCUGUCUGAUUUGUUCUUUUCAACUUUUUGUUAGUAAAAUGUCUGAUAUGCUUUGAUUAAUUUGAUAUUAAAUUUCGCAAAACCUGUUCACCAUAAGUUCGGCAAAAUGUGAUAUUAAGGCAGGAAACUCUUCAGCUUGGGCCAGUUUAAGGGGUUUGGACUUCUGUGUUUUAUUUCUUCUAGAAACUUCAAUAUAAUAUAAUAUGAUACAUCAGUGUAAAUCCUAAACCCUUUUAAUGGUAGUUAGUUACUUAUCUGGAAGUCUUUUAAUACCUUUUAAAAGCCAUAUUUAUGGAUAAUUGCAGAGAAAUACUAAGAAUGCAAGCAUGGAAAAAGGGAAAUUAAAUUCAAUCUCUUCUCUAAAUCUCAACUAACUUGAUCUGUAUUAAUCAUCAUCCAUGUUCUUAGAGUUUAUUAACUCAAUGAUUGAUCUUGAACACAAGUUUUAUCAGAAACGUGAUUAAGCAAUGCAUACCAGAGCUGUUUACUUAUUCAAUUUCCUGGCAGCUUUCUCAUAUAAUUUCCCCUGAAAUUCGAAUGAGUUCUAUUCCACUGUUUGAUAAAUGGUCCCUGGGAUUUUAUCUUGUAUGUGUUACUUUUUCAGGAGAUUUUGAAGGGCAAGUUCGGUUCAGGUUUAUCAGUGAUCAUAAAGUCUUGUUGUUUUCUCCUAAGUAUUUUGUUGAAGUUUUCACCCCAUUACUUGUAAAAUUAUCCUGUCAGCUGCAUUCACUCGGAUGAGUGCCACUUCUGUGGAAACAAUUAGUCUUACAACUUGGGCCUAGUGUCAAUUGUGAUACUAACUAGCUCGUUGGCAUUUCAACUGUCAGUUAUGAUCUUGUGUUAUUCUCAUUUUCAUUGUUGUAUCUUUUCUUACCUUCUCUUCCACUUUAUAUUAAAAACCUUGUUUGGCUA